AUGGCUUCGAAUGACGAUAGUGUAGACGGUACACAGUGUCCAAUUUGCUUCGAAAAGUUUCGAGAUCCCAAGGGACUUGAAUGUUUGCACACAUUUUGCGAAUCUUGUAUUCAUGAAUACAUCAUUAAACUAAAAGAAGAGCGAACAAUUCUUGAUGGUAUACCAUGUCCUCUUUGCAGGCACAUUACAUUUAUUAAGGAUUCAGAUCAGCCACCGGAAACCUGGGCUAAAUCAUUACGUCCGAAUUAUGCGUUGGUAUCCAUUUUAGAAACAAUGAAAUCGGCACCGGAGAGGCAGCUAACAAAAGGAGAGAGUAAAUGCUUUCCUUGUUCAGCUCAAGAUCUUGAUAUCCCUGCGUCUGUUUACUGCAACACAUGUAAAGAACACCAGUGCGAUGACUGUCAGAAAUGCCACGAGCGAUUUUCAUACAUGAAAGGCCAUGAAAUUAUUAAGUUAGAGCCUGGAAUCAAACAAACAGGUCUGAAAAAGUUGAGAAAAAUUUGCCAGUGCGAUAUACAUUCAAAAGACCUAGAAUUCCUGUGUAAAGAUGAAAAUGUCCUUUGUUGCGGAACGUGUGCUAUUGUCAAACAUCGAAAAUGCGGCAGUGUAAUUGAAAUAAGCGAGAUGGUCUCUUCAGAGGAAUUACGACAUUUAGAUGUACAGAGAGAGGUUUCCGAUGUAAGAAAUCAAGUCUUAUCAGUUUCAAAGUUCCUUACAAAGUCAGAGGAUCUCAUGAUAUCUCAGAUAAAAGCAUUGCCGGAUUUGCUGAAGGAAACCAAGGACAAGUUCGUCAAGAAAUUUGAUGAAUUUUCAGUCAAAAUACUGAAUGAUGCAGAAAAGAUCAAACAACAGAAAUCUGCCACGAUAUCUGCAGAGAAUCGAAAGUGUAAAGAGAUCGAAGACAAACUUGAAGAGGUUCUGGAAACCGUUGUUAUUUCACAGUACGCAACACAAUUUCAGGCAUACAUCUUGCACCAUCGGCUAAACAGCGUCUUAAAGGAAAUAGAUGAUAAAAGGUCAGAUGUGUUUAAAAAUCUCAAAGAGGAAAGUGUAAAGUUGGAGUUUGACCGAAAACUCGUGUCACUGGUAAAUUUCAAAUCUCACUUCGGGUCAGUUCAUGUAAAUUCAAAGUAUAAACAUCCCGAUACCGUUCCCGAUCAUAGAGUUGUUUCCCUGUCUGCAGAGAAUAAACUAGGCGAAGACGGAAGUGUUACACUUAUAACGGGAAUAGAUUUCAUCGGAAAUGGUAAAUUCCUUGUUGUUAAUAACAAGAUAAAAUCGGUCGAUUUAAGAAAUGACAAAUUAGAAGUUGAAGCUACAUACCAAUUUGAAUUUAAUCCGCGAGGUGUCCUUGCCCUGAGUGAAGACGAAUUUGCAAUCACCCGGUCAUUUGGCAUUGAAAUUUUAAGCAUAUGUUCUAAUUGUUCCAUAACGCACAAAAGCACGAUUUCUACAACAACAGAAAAUUACUCUCUAUCACUCCUUGAUGAUAAACAUUUUCUGGUUGGUGCUUUUAACAAUACAAAGCCAGCAUUCAUUAUUUCUCGAAGUGGGACAGAAGAACAUUUUAACAUUGAUUUUCCAUUAAAACAAUACGACAUAAUAACGUCUCAGAGUCUAGUUUUAAACACACAAAACGGGUCAACUCUUUUCCUUGCAAUGAACGACGAAAAUGUUAUAUAUGUCUAUGAUUUGACCAAAAAUAGUUAUACUAAGGUGGCCCAUCCGUCUGUAAUCCAGCCUUCGCACAUGUGCCUCGGUCCGCUAGACACAAUAUUUGUGAGUUGUUGUGGGUCUCAUAAAAUUGCACAAAUAUCACAGCAAGGGAAGGUAUUGAGUGUAUUAGAUGCCCCUCGGUAUCCUAUAGCGAUUUCAUACUCUCGGGUGUCCAAGAAGCUGAUUGUUUCAACGAAUGGUACGCCACACUAUUUGUAUAGUUUUUACGUGUGUUAGGUGUUAUAUGUGAUCUUACUUGUAAAAGUCUGUUGUAUUUUUAUGUUGUAUUUUUUAUUUGUUUCAGGAUCAGUUUCUUUAAAAUGUUAUUGGUGCUUUCAUGAGCUAUUGGUUUUCGCCGUUCUGUUUUUCAGUAUUUGUAUUACAAUACAAUAUAAACCAAUAGCUAAUGAAAGCGUCUGUUUGAUCAAAGUAAUAAUAAGUUAAAGACCUGAUCCAUAAAAAGAUAAAAAUCUGUCCAUGUAAAUCAUAUGCCUGUUUUGUUGUGGACAUUUAAAAAUAAGUUGCUAGAAGCUUCAAGAAAAAUAUUUUAUAUACAUAUUCAGGUAUAAGACACACUUUUUCAUAGGCGUCUUAGUAGUAAAAUCUUUUCGUUUUUUGUUAAAUUACGUUUGAUACCGUUAAAGUUUCAACAAAAGACUUUGUACCAAAAAUAAUAAAUUUGAUUAAGAGUCAUCUCUGACAACAACUUGUGAGAAUUGUUUUGAGAGUGUACGGCCCAUGACAUGUUUUAGAAAUUAAUGAACUAUAUGUUUAAACAAAAUAUUUGUUAUUCUGAUGCUUUAGAAGAAUUGUAUUAAUUUAUUACUGUGUGCAAUAAUUGAAAUAUAUUUUGCUAGUAAAUUUA